AUGAGAAAUGAAACCAAUGAUCAACUUAGUGUAACAAAUUAUGAAAGUUGAUAGAUAACUUAAACAUCAAAUUUUGUGCGUUAAUUUGGAGAUGGCUUGAGUCGCCCUAUAAAAACAUGAGUAGUUCACAUGAUUUCUGGCGUAAAUAAAUAAAUACAUUCAAGAUUGCAGGCCCAGGAGCCUGCAAAACGUACAAUUUGAACCGUUGUUGUUUGUCUGCUAUCCAAUUUAAUUCAUCACUUGUUAGCCUACAAGGAAUUUCAUUAAUGUUUUGGUCGUGCCAACUCUUCAAUAUUAAUUAACUGUGAUAAUUGGAUUCACUAAAAUUUCAUUACAUAUAGAAGCAAGUGCUUGUUUUCCCAUGUAAUAAUUAAUUAAACCUCUGUUCAUCUGUUAAACUACAGAAAAUGUUGCUGUUCCAUUCAAUAUUUAUAUGCACACGCACAGACACAGUCACACAGGCUAAGGCACAGACACAAAGGGUAGUGUUAAAUUAAUGUGUUGAACAAGCAAUUGUUAAUUUGUUAUAUAUACAUAGAGACUUGAAAUAAAACAAACAAAAAAAGGAAAUUAAUAUAUAAACUAGAAAACAGUAGGCGUUGUUUGUUAUGUUAUGUGAAUUAGCAGGAUAAAAAGAGGAAGAAUCUAGGGUCUUUUGAGAAAGGCAGUAUCAAUAUGAGAUUAAAGAUGAAAAGCAUGGAUAUAUUGCAAGCAGCGACAGCCAUAUGCCCCAACAGCAGCAGCAUGGAAUUAGAAGCAUCCAGCAGCGCCCUCGCCCUCGCCGGCAGCAGCAGUCCGGCAAUCGACAGAUACAACCCCAUCAUCAGAGACUCCCGCAGAUGCGCCGCCACCCCUCUCCCGCCCUUGAUCCACAAGAAAAACGUUAAUCCCAGGAAGAGCUGGAGCUGCGCCAAGCCCGGCGACUUCAUCAGCCCCCCCGGCUCUACCAGGUACUUGUUGAGCGGAAAGGAGCUGCUCACCGCUUUGGACCCGCCGCCCACCUCCAUAGAUGACCUUGUCCUUAAUAAUCAAACAAAUUCCUCCUCUCCCUCGCCGGAUCAAGUGGUAGUUCUAAGAGUGUCCUUGCACUGCAGAGGCUGCGAGAGGAAAAUGAGGAAACAUAUUUCUAGAAUGGAAGGAGUGAGGUCCUUCAACAUAGAUUUUGCAGCGAAGAAGGUGACGGUGGCCGGAAAGGUGACGCCGUUGGAGGUGCUGUCGAGCAUAUCGAAGGUGAAAAACGCGCAGCUAUGGGCUCCCACCAUAUCAUCGGAAUUCAAAGGCGCUUGGGUUACAGACAAAGCCGCUUUUGUUGGAGUAGCCUAGUCUUCACUCCAUCUUGUUUGUAAAUUCACACAUUAUUUCAAUUGCAGCUUCUGUUGAUCAGCCAUCACUAUUAUGUUUCAUCUUUUAGAUUAAGCUUCCUCUGCUUCAAUUACUAUUCAAUACUAGCCACGCUCUUCUUUUUCUUUUUC